GUAUAUCCACAAUGCAGUCUCGUUAUGACUUCAGAGAUGUCAACUAAACCCAUGUCAUGAUUGGGAUAAUCGUAAUAUUUCGUGUUACCAUUUAGAGGGAAGAGGAUUAAGGCUUUUAAAAAUGCAGAACUGGCUCAUAAUCACCCUAAUGGAAAGCAGUAAAAUGACAUAUCUGUGACAUGUGUCCAUAAUCUGCAGUCUGCUAUGUUUAAUUGGUCACUGAAAUACAAUGUUUCUGUUACAAAUCGGAUUAGUAAAAACAGCCCCAAAACGAGUGUGUGCAGAAGUAGCAUGUCUUAUUUACUGAUAAGUUCUUAUGGGCAGUGCUUCAGGCCUUGUCAUGUUAGACUUUUAGGGGAAAUCCUACCUAGGACUUACUCAAUAGCCAUAGAACCAAAAAAACUUACUUUCAGAGUGUUUUUUGUUGAGAAUAGAGUUCUUGCAGCACUUUAUACUGAAUGGCAGUCAAUCCCAUCAGUACCUGUCCAAGUAAAGCAAUCUAAGUUCCUCAUUGCAUUUACACAACUAAUAAUAGGGCCAGUCAGUAGCCAAUUAACCUGCUCAUGUGAUUUGUGUGGGAGGAAAUCCAUGCACGCACAGAGAGGAUAUACACAGUCCAUGCAGAGCUGUCGUCUUUGCAGGAGUGGGAUCCAGCUCAAUGCCAAUGUGGGAUUUCAGUGGAAGCACAAUGUUAACCAGUCAGUAUGUGCGUCUCACGACUGAUGAGAGGAGCAAAGAAGGCUCGAUCUGGAAUAGAGUACCCUGCUUUUUGAAGGACUGGGAAUUGCACGUUCAAUUCCGGAUCCAUGGAUCUGGAAAAAAAAACCUGCAUGGAGAUGGUUUUGCCCUGUGGUAUGCAAGGGAUCGAUUGCACCCUGGGCCUGUUUUUGGAAACCAAGAUAAGUUUCAUGGUCUGGCAGUGUUUUUGGACACUUAUCCCAAUGAUGAAACAACAGAGCGUGUUUUCCCCUACAUCUCUGUAAUGGUGAACAAUGGUUCCCUGGAGUAUGACCACAGCAAAGAUGGACUAACAGGCGAACUGGCAGGCUGCACAGUUGAUAUCCGCAACAAGAAUCAUGACACCUUCCUUGCUGUUCGCUAUUCUCAGGGGCGUCUUACGGUGAUGACUGAUAUAGAAGACAAGAAUGAAUGGAAGAAUUGUCUAGAUAUAUCUGGGGUCCGGUUACCAACUGGUUAUUAUUUUGGAGCAUCUGCUGCAACUGGAGAUUUAUCAGAUAAUCAUGACAUCAUUUCAAUGAAGCUUUACCAGCUGAUGGUUGACCAUUCAUCAGAUGAUGAGAACAUUGACUGGACUAAGAUAGAGCCCAGUGUAAGCCUUCUAAGGUCUCCCAAAGAUAAUGUAGAUGACCCAACUGGGAAUUACCGCGGUGGCCCACUGACAGGCUGGAAGGUUUUCUUGCUAUUGCUUGCUGCCCUUCUGGGUAUUAUUGUGUGCGCUGUUGUAGGAGCUGUUGUUUUCCAAAAACGUCAGGAAAGGAACAAGAGAUUUUACUAAUCAGACUCUGGCAGAUGAAGCAAAUGCCCAUAAUGCAAAUGUGAACAUUUCCCCCCCCCCCCGAUCCCUUCUUUAAAAAUGAAUUGGACAGAUUUCUUGAGUAGACUAAAAAGUAAUUUAAUGUAUCUUCAUAACUUUUCAUUGAUGGUUGAAAGAAUCAUAAUAUUAAGAAGUGGGUGGGAAAGGCUCGAGCUGAGCUGUCUGGUUUUUCUGUUUUAUUUGGUCAAUCUUUUACUUGCAUUUGCUAUGACUCUUUCCUGGGCAGGCAAAAUGAAUUGCCAGCUUUGCACUUAGUUGUUGCUAUAUUCUUUCCAUGCAACACCUGUACCAACCCAAUGGUGCAAAGCAUAUUUUUACUGACUGCAAUAUGACUCAGCUUGCCAGAAGCAGAAUCUUGUGGAUAUCGGAUGCUGCUCUGAGUGAGUACUUUUGGAAACCACAAAUUCAUCUCUGGAACCUUUAUGAAGAAAGGCUUGGCUGUUCAGACCUCUUCUGUUUUUUUUGCUGAUUGUAAAAUGUUUACAUGACAUGAAUUGGGGAAAAUGACUUUUAGCUUUUGUCUGCACUACAUAUUCCUUAAAUAUCUGGGUAUGAUUUGAAGCCACUAAAUGCAAUGCAGGCUUUUUGGGUACGGGCUUUAUAUUUUUAAGAAAAUUUAAGGAGGUGAGUCCAGUAGAACUGAGAUUGUUGCCAAUUAAAGAAAAGAUGGAAAAAACAAA